AGCAUUGAUUCUCAUCAUCUUCCCCCUCCCAACCUUCUUGAAAGCUCCCUUUCAACUUCAACCCACUCAUUUCCUUCUCUUUCUGUCUUCCCUUUUCAUCUAAGCCUUCAAAAGCUCACACAUCAUGAUUCCUCAAGGACAACCAUAACUUCUAUAGAAGACAAGCAACCCAGAAAGUCUGAAUACUUUCUGGAGAGAGCAGGCAAUAGAAACCUAGUUCUUGAAUUAGUGCCGUUUUUGCCUUCAUGGGCUGCUCAGCCUCAAGACCCGUCACCAUUGUCGCCAAAAACCCAGAGGAUCACUCUUCUUCUCUGGCUUCGUCUUCUUCAGCUUCACAUUCAUCCAGUUCUUCUUCGCCACCUGUUCCCAGAGCUCUUUCUCUGCCAAUGCCUCUUGUUCAUCAUCCUCCGACUAGAAAAGGCGAUACCCACCACCUCGUAUCUCUCACCUCCACCACGUACGGCUCUCUUGUCUUACAUGACCGAUCCGACCUUAGAAACCCUAACCUCAACUCCGACGAUUGUCAUGUUCGGUCUGAAUCUCCGACCCGUCUUACCAACACUUGUCAAAGCAGAGCGAAUGAGGCAGAGGCUGAGCAGUCAUUGUCCCCUGACUCUGUUAUCAACACUUGGGAACUCAUGGAUGGCAUCAACGAUGAUGAUUGCCACGACGCUACCAAGCCUCAAGCUUCGAUUUUUCACCGUCCUGUGUGUGUUCCGAAGAAACCCAGUUCAUGCAGGUAUACUGCAUUUGAUGGGUCUGCGAAGAAAGUACCGCUUGAAUCGUUUGAGCCACUGAAAUGUUCUUCGUCAAAAGAAGUUGUUGAAAACUCUUCCCCUUCGUCUGUCAAGAAGCCGCUCUGGCAAUACUUAUCGGAGGAAGCCUUGCUCUCUAAAUUAGAUCCAAACGUGGCUUGGAGCUAUCGGCGAGCUCUCUCAUCAAGGCAAUUAGGCACCAAUGUUCCCAGAAACGUCCGGUCGUUAGGGUCUAGCCCUUUGAGUUCGUCGUUUUCUUACAAUUCGUGUCGUAUACCAGCGGGCAAUGAAGAGAGAAUAGUGGUUUAUUUCACGAGUUUAAGAGGAAUCCGCAAGACUUAUGAAGAUUGCUGUUCAGUGAGGACGAUACUGCGAGGAUUCAGAGUUGCCGUGGAUGAAAGGGACAUCUCUAUGGACUCAUCUUACAGAAGAGAAUUGCAAAAUUCUCUGAGAAGCAAGGCAAUGACAUUACCACAGAUCUUUAUAAGGGGAAAACAUGUUGGAGGCGCAGAGGAGAUUAAGCAACUGAAUGAAUCUGGGGAAUUGGCCAAGCUCUUGAAAGGGUUUCCCAUUCAGGAUCCAGGGUCUGUGUGCGAGAGAUGUGGGGAUGCAAGAUUUGUGCCUUGCCCUAAUUGUAAUGGCAGCAGAAAAGUAUUUAAAGAAGAAGAAGGACAGUUGAGAAGGUGCCCUAAUUGCAAUGAGAAUGGCUUGAUAAGGUGUCCAAGCUGCUGCUCAUAAUUGAGGCUUCCGGGUAACGACAGUCAGUGAUCCAUAUCUUGUUUUGCUGAAUUUUGCAGUCAUGAGUUCUAAGAACUACAUAAAUCAUUAUAUAAAAUAUGAGUGCCUGUCAUUCCUGUAUGGCAAAGCCUUUUUGGUGAUCUAUGAUUAUGAUCAUCAUCUUCAUCUUCAUCAUCAUUGUUGUUGUUGUUCGCAGCCUCUCGGAACAGCAGAAAAUAAAAGUGGGUCGUCUUU